CAUCCCUUCCGUCAUUGUGACGAAAAUUGUGGGGGCAGAGAGCUUGAAAAGGAAAACUAGAAUCUACCCGGACGGAAAUAUAGGAAAGAAAAAAACUAGAGAAUUUCUUCAUGAAACCCAUCAACCCAAAUAUACUAUAUACCUUGCUCAACAUCUCAAUACAUGUAUAUAUAAGUCUAUGCCAAGUUUGAUUUGCUUGCUUCAUCUCACUUGAAUUCCUCUCCACGACAAAUAAACACCUUAAACCAACCAAAACACCCAUGUCUCUGAGCCCUCCUAGAGCAACCAACAUCGACACUAGCCAAGAUGCAAACAGGGCUUACCGGUCUUACUGGUGUUACCAAUGUCAUCGACCAGUAAGAAUUGCCACCACUAAUCCAUCAGAGAUAAUUUGUCCUCGCUGCUUCAGCCAGUUUGUUACAGAGAUGGAGAUACCAAGGCCCAGAUUGGUUGUUGAUUUCACUGCUUUCGACCCUUCUCCGGAAGCCCGCUUACUCGAGGCCCUCUCCCUUUUACUUGAUCCACCCAUAAGGAGAUAUAAUCAUGGUGUUGAUGGUCGACAACCUCAGCCUGGCCGUCGUUCUUGGUUUAGGCACCAAAACCAUAUUGAUAAUGAAACUGAAAACGGGCAGCAAACAUUUGGCGACCCCGCAGCUGAAACUCAGCCUCGGCAUAGAAACCGUACAGAGACUGAAACCGAAACAGUGCAGCGAAUCUUAGUAGACCCUGCUACAGAAACUACUAGACCCCGACGCCAUAGACGUCGCAGUCGAAGUACUGAUGCCAGUACUAAUCAUGAGCCAGAAACAGAUGUGCUGCCUCGUCCUAGAACAUGGAUUAUAGUCAGACCUCUCGAUUCUAGAGGAACUGCUGAAUCCAUUUGGCAGCCACAAGGUGUCCUACCUCCGGGUGUCAAUCUAAGGGACUAUUUCUUUGGACCACGACUUAAUGAAUUAAUUGAGGAAUUAACAGAGAAUGAUCGGCCAGGCCCACCACCCGCACCCAACUCUCUAAUUGAUGCAAUACCGACAGUGAAAGUAACCCAAGAGCACUUGAACAACAGUCAAGAAUGUCCAGUUUGCAAGGAGGAGUUUAAGGUUGGUGGAGAGGCAAAAGAGUUGCCUUGUAAACACGUAUACCAUACUGACUGCAUUGUCCCUUGGCUAAGGCUUCACAAUUCUUGCCCUGUAUGCCGCUUAGAGUUGCAGGAUACCGUGGAACCCCAUGAAGAGGGCAUGAGCAGAAGAUGCUUAAGGUUGAGGCAGUUGGCAGCUAAUCUCUGGCCAUUUCGUGCAAGGAACAGACAAGUUAACCCACAAGGUGAAGAUACUGGAGCUUCCCAAGCUCAAGAAGUUCAAUCACGUGGGCAUGGUUGUCAUAUUCUUUAGUCCUUCCAAUGCAGAAAUCUUAUAUGGAGUUUGUGGUUAAAAUUUCUAAAUGUCUAAACUACUCUGCAAGGAAUGAAGGAGAAGAAGUCGUAUACAGCCAGAGUAGUUUUUUGGUAUCUCAAAGUAUCAUUUCACCCCCUAUUCCAACCUUCUUAAGUUUGCUCAUAAUUCUAUGUUAUAAUCCUGUGAAAAUUACAUAAAGAAGGUUAAAGAUGUUUUCGUUCACUAACUUAUUAAAUAUCAAUACCAUGUGAACCUACGGACUGUAUAAUUGACAUGUCACGCUCUACUAAAUCGAAUCCACAAGCAAAUGCGUUUUGGGCGAUAGCGGGAUUCGCAUUAUCAGGUUACUAUGGGCAGAAAAAACCCUCAACAGGGACAAUGUAACACAACAGAUAAAAGUUGGGAAAAGACUAUGAUCCUAGGCUGUGAUUGAUGGAGGAGAAAGGGGGAGGAGAGAAAAAAAUGGGUUGAAAGCAAUUUCCUUCCUCCAAUUGGGAUCAGAGAAAAGGUUUAGUCAAGGAAAUUGAGAAGAUUACAGUUUUCCUCUCUCUUCUUACAUAUCAAAAUCCUCCCAGUUUAGGAGAAUUUGAAUUUUUGUCUUUCUUCUCACUUUUUUAAUCUACUCUAUACCAAAAUAAUAGUGGAAAGAUUUUCUUCUCAUCUCAUGUUUCAUCUGUUCUUAGUUUCAUCUCCUAUCAAUCAUUCCUUACUUCGCUCAACUGAACCUUCAUAUGUUAUGUGUAUCCAAGAAGUUGCUCCCCUAACACCGAUCUAUCUGCUUAAUUUUGUUGGCAUGAUCACAAGUCAAUUCACUAUUUAAAAGGUUCUUAACUGGCAUGCAAAUUAACAGAAAUCAAAACCUGAUCUUGGUGCAGGCUCUUCAAAUUAAGAUAGCUUUCUGGCAUCUAAAAUUACUACAACGCACUCCUAUAAAGCUCUGCUCCGAGUAAACACACGCAACAAGCAAGAGAUGCAAACAGGCCGUGAAAAUCAAGCUUACUUCUCUACGUUGGUCAAAGGAAAAAAGUAGAUACUGCCAUUGUUGUGUCAGAAUAAAAGAAAUUGAUGUACAUACAAACAAUAAGAGAAAUUACUAGCACUACUAGAAUCAGCAUCAAUAAAAAUGUUUGAGUUACUGCUAA